AUGAACCCUGAUGACACUGUGGCUCAACAGCAGCAAACUGCUUUGACCUUACAAAAGGAAGCCCCAAAGGACAAAACAGAGAUCGAUAGACGCGAUUCUAUGGUACGUGCUGUUCAUCUCCAUAGAAGUUCUUCAAGCUCACAUUCAUCCGCUGGGACUCGGGUAUUAGAUGCCCUGAGUAAACAGCAGAAAGGGACUACAAAACAAAUGGAACGCGAAGAACCUCUUCAAACCAAAGUGGGCUGCAUGAACGACACACCAGAGGACAUCGAAAGUGGAUUAAAGAGGGCGAGCAAAAUAGCAAGAUGCACUCGUACUGUCGUUAUACCUCCGCCUGAGCCUACUCAACCUCUGUCUGGCCAUGCUCCGGAACGACGGAGCACACGAUCAGCACGUCGAGCGUUUCCGAUUGAUGAUGAUGGAGCACACUAUUAUCCAUGUCCAGUCCCCUCCUGUGACUAUAGUAGUGAAAGUCGAUCCGCUCGAAAUUACCAUUUAAGAGUUGAUCACGGCGGGUAUGAUUACCAGAGUGGCUCACGAGGUGGUCCCUCUCAGAAUACGCCCCGGCAAGCCACUCGUAAGAAGGUUAUUCGUGAUUGCGAUUUCCGGAAAGGACCUUCUUCUAGUAAAGCUCGCGAAGCAAGUCAUAUUAAAAUAGAGGCAGAGCUAGAUGAUAUGCAAGGAUUAUCAGAUGGCAUUCGAAUCAACGAUUAUCAUCUUGGUUCAAAUGAUGCUUGCUCAGAAACAGAGGAAUAUGAUGUCGACAACGAAGAUUAUGACCUCGCUCACUACACAAGCACCGAAGUAUACUCAGAAGAAAAGUUCGACAAUGAUUUCGUUCCAACACCGGCUGUUAAUCGUAAGAGAGGCCGACCUAAGAAUCCCCCUGGAAGUGAACCAGCAGAGAAUUCAAAAGUGCGUGUCAGCGAUCCAAACGGGAAGUAUAAAUGCUAUAUGCCAGACUGCGAUUGGCGGGGAGCAUACCGUUCGCUUCGAUGUGAUCACAUGAAGUGGUGUCAUAAGGAUUGGGUGAUGCCGCCGCGGUUCAUCUUGCAGCGUAUCAGUAAGGACGGUAUAUACAUCGAUCCGAAAACAUUUGUUCCUCCAUUUUCUUGUCCAGUGGAAGGUUGUGAUUGGCGUGGUAGCUAUCGAGCUUCUCGUUCUCAGCACGUGAAGAAUGUCCAUCCAGACUACGAACCUCCAAAGAAGAAAGCUCCAGUUGGAGGAUUUGUGGCUAAUGGAAAAUAUGUUUGUCAUGUCCCCGAAUGUCCAUGGCGUGGUACUUCUCGUUCAACUCGCGCAAGCCACAUGAGGAAAGUUCAUGGAGGGUUCAAUAAUCCCGGAUAUUCAGCAAGACAGGUUGCGUGUUGUGAUUGUCCUGCUACAUUUGUAUCUCAUAAAGCUUUUGUGGAUCAUAUGAUCAAUGCCCACCGCGUCGGUGGUUUGGUUCACCGCGAUUUCAACGAUAUCAGUGAAUAUGAGGAGUGGUUCAACUCUGUUCAAGACGUAUUUUCGGUAAUUUAUGUUAAACGCAUGGGAAUAAAGCAAGGGACCGACUAUCAGGUACUGUAUUUAUACUGUGCGCGCAGUGGUGGAUUUCGCCCUAAACAAGUACCUGGCCGUGACUAUUUCCCAGAGUUCACUAAAAGGCGUCUUACACGUCGCCCAACGAAAUGUGGUCGCAACUGUGCGGCAUUUCUUCGGAUAAUACAUUGGAUAGAUGGACGUCUUACCGUAAUUGGAUGCGUGGAACACACUGGCCACCGUAUGGGGACCGCGUUACUCAGGUUGAGCGUCAACGAGAGGGUUGUCUUGGACGAGUACUUAUAUGUUGUUGACGAAAAAAUUCCGCUCGACGCUAUGUUGGAUCGCAUUCGAGAAGUAGAAGGAUUUACCAUGGAUGGAUUUGAUGUUCGCGAAAGAAGUGUUGAAGACAUGACCAGAUAUGUGAUGAAUGAGAAUGAAUUCAUCUCGCUGAAAGUGCUGUUCGAGACGUCUACUUUUUUUGAACCGGAUUCAACUUUUGCUGUGAAAUUAACUGACGACGCUGGAAAGCCUCUCCCGCAAGGAAUCUCUUUUGGUAUUAUGACAUCACACAUGAGAGAAUUGUGGGCAACUUGUUCAACGCGCGCCGCAUGUAUCGAGGAGGUGAACUUGUUGAUCAGCAAUUUCGAGCUGCAUCUGUUCUUUGUCAUGGUGUUCGAUGCAGAUGAUAUGCCAAGAUGUGCUUGUGUUCUAAUCUCGCAGAAUGGGGACAAAAUUGCUUUGCUGGAGAAGCUGCGCUCUGUGUCGACAGCACCCGUCGAUACAAUUGUAACCGACUGCUCUUCUGAUUGGCCAGCACUCCUUGAUGCCUACUUUGGGAAUGAGGCGUACACCACUGAUUUUCAGAUAGCUGAAUGGCAUCUUUUGUCUGAGUGGGCCACUAGGAUCGAUGAAAUGAUCCCAAAUCGUGUUGACCGGUUCUCCAUUAUUUGUGCAUUGCGACGAUGGACUCGUGCGACCGAUCCUACUCUGUUUGAAGGAAUAGUGAUUGACAUGUUUGAAGCACUUCGUGAGAUGGAGUUGAACACGCUUGCUCAGCUCGUUGAUGCACAGCUCACCGAUCCUGAUUUUGCAAAGCGAUGGACUCCUCUGAAUCGAAAUCCACUCACAGACCACAGCAAUCCUAUUCUGGAAAUAUCCUGCAGAAUGUUCCGAGAACGUUUUCUGAACUGUGAGCUCUGCGCACGAUUGGAUGAGUAUGCUGGCCUCCUUAUUGAACGAAUAGGAGAGUUCAACGCACUCACGUUCUCCGAUGUCUACACUACGUCCCCUUUGGAACCACCUCGUCAAGUUCCUCAAUUGUACGAGGACAUUGAUCCAUCACAGUUACUUGCUGACGGGACUGUUAUGAGCUCUCCACAGCAUACUGAGCAUAACGGACCGCCUUCACCUGAAGCUUCGAAAUUGACGGGGCUCGUAGGAUUCGAUCAGAAGCGAAUGAAAGUUGAAGUGGAAGAAACAGGUGAGUACGUUGUUGUAGCCGAAGAAGAAGUGCUUGAUGAAGUAGUUGAAGGCCCUGAAGCUGAAGAGUUAGUGGAAGAAGCUGUUCUAAAUGGUGCUUUGGGUGAAAUGGAGAGAAUAAACGAUCGAAUGGUUCUUGCUGAUCCCAGCACGUCAGGUGACGACAUCCAAAACGUUGAGAGUGCGGAGAGCAGAAGGAAAGCAAGGCUGAAACGUAUGAUGCAGAUACUACGGGAAAAAGUAGACUCAAUGGCUGACGACGAGACUAUGGAGCUUAUGGAAACUGGGCUGACCAAUGUCGUGGAACAACUGGGUGUCCCAACACGAAAUACUCACAUGUCAAUACCCCAUCGUCCAGCCUGUAUGCCGAGAAUGUCCGUGGAGACCGUACCGCGAGAUCUUCGAAAUCUUCGUGCUUGUUUGCUCUGCUCCUUGGUAAAAUCCUUAGAACAAUUUGAAAUGGACGGCUGCGAGAACUGUGAUCGUGUACUUCACAUGAAAGGAGACACUGACAAAGUAUACGAAUGCACGAGCACAAAUUUCGACGGAAUGAUCGCUUCGAUGAUACCUGAGGAUUCGUGGGUUUGCAAAUGGCAAAAAAUAAACCGAAAAUGCAAAGGAAUCUACGCAAUAUCGGUGUCCGGAACUCUUCCUUCCUCCGUGAUCUCUGAGUUGAAGACUGUCGGAAUUAGGCAAAUGAGAUAUACGUUGUCGUACUGUACUGAUGUAGUCAAAGCAGGCUAUAGCCCCUAA